AAAUGCAUGAAAUUAAUGGGUGUCAUUGUGUCAAAAGGUCAAAACUGUCCGUCGAGUCUACCUGGCUUCUCGCCCUUCCGCUCAUCACUCAUAAGUACCCUGCUGCUGCUUCAGCUCUUCCCUCAAUAUUCAGAUCUGCCAAAGCUUUUCUUCUCUUCCUCAGCCAUGGUCCCCAAACCCUUCAUUGUAUCUUCUCCCUCAUACCUAUCCUCUCCCUCUCCUUACGUCCCUCGUCGUCUCUCCGUUUCCUCCGUCAGAAUCGAAGACAAACCCCAGACCCAAUCCGUCGAAAUCACCCCACCAUUGCCUCCACCGACCCCACCCGCCAUAACUCCUCCUCCGCCACCACCCUCCACCACCUCUACCCAGAAGACCGUAUCAGAACCAGAAGCUUUCAGAAGGGUGGUAAAGAGAAGACCGGCAGAACAAUCCUUCCCUGCCUUGAUUUUCAAUUCCUUUGACACCAUCAUCAACAAUUUCAUAGACCCACCGAUCAAACCUUCCGUCGAUCCUAAAUGUGUCCUUUCCAGCAACUUCGCUCCCGUCGACGAACUUCCUCCGAUUGAAUGUGACAUCAUUGAAGGCUCGCUCCCUCCUUGUCUGGACGGUGCCUACAUUCGAAACGGUCCUAACCCACAAUUCCUCCCUCGUGGACCUUACCAUCUCUUCGACGGCGAUGGCAUGCUUCACUCCAUUCUCAUCUCUCAAGGCAAAGCCACUCUGUGUAGUAGAUAUGUUAAAACCUAUAAAUACAACGUCGAGAACCAAGCUGGGUAUCCUCUGUUUCCCAACGUGUUCUCUGGCUUCAAUGGCCUCGUUGCUUCUGCGGCCCGUGGGUCCCUCACCGCAGCUCGAGUCUUGACUGGUCAGUACAAUCCUGUUAAUGGAAUUGGCCUCGCCAACACCAGCUUGGCUCUGUUUGGGAAUCGUCUCUUUGCUUUGGGAGAGUCUGAUCUUCCUUAUGAAGUCAAAGUGACACCGAAUGGAGAUGUAGAGACUCUUGGUCGUCAUGAUUUCGAUGGCAAGCUUUUCAUGAGUAUGACUGCACAUCCCAAAGUAGACCCAGACACCGGUGAGGCCUUCGCUUUCCGUUACGGCCCUGUUCCUCCGUUCCUCACCUAUUUCCGCUUCGAUUCCGACGGUGUCAAGCAGCCUGAUGUGCCCGUUUUCUCCAUGAUCCGCCCCGCUUUCUUGCAUGACUUCGCCAUCACCAAGAAAUACGCCAUCUUCGUGGAUAUACAGUUAGGAAUGAACCCUCUUGACAUGCUUGCCGGGGGCUCUCCGGUGGGCUCAGACUCGUCGAAGGUUUCGAGAAUCGGAGUGCUUCCCCGGUACGCCAAAGACGAGUCUCAGAUAAAAUGGUUCAAUGUUCCUGGGUUCAAUGUCAUUCACGCCAUUAACGCUUGGGACGAUGAAGAUGGAAACGGUAUAGUUCUGAUAGCACCGAAUAUUCUAUCCGUCGAACACACGCUGGAGAGAUUGGAGCUGAUUCACGCCUUGGUAGAGAAAGUGAGGAUCGAUCUUAGAACAGGGAUUGUGACGAGACAACCAAUUUCAGCAAGAAAUCUGGACUUCGGAGUGAUUAAUCAAGCUUAUUUGGGAAAGAAGAACAAGUUCGUGUACGCGGCGAUUGGGGAUCCGAUGCCGAAAAUCUCAGGGGUGGUGAAGCUGGACGUGUCGAGAGGAGACGAAAGACGUGACUGCACGGUGGGGUGCAAAAUGUUCGGAGAAGGGUGCUACGGCGGAGAGCCAUUCUUCGUGGCUAGAGAUCCAGAGGACGCAGAAGCAGAGGAAGACGAUGGGUAUGUGGUGACAUACGUGCACGAUGAGAAGAAGGGAGAGUCGAAGUUCUUGGUGAUGGAUGCCAAGUCGCCGGAGCUUGAUGUGGUGGCGGCGGUGACGCUGCCCCAGCGAGUUCCUUACGGAUUUCAUGGGCUUUUCGUGAGGGAAAGUGAUCUGAGGAUGCUUUGGUGAUGAACUGAGGAUGAUCAUUCAUGUUCAUGGGACCCAGCCACUGUCACUGUGGAAAAAUACUGUUCAGACAUAUACAUCACAGGUUAUGCCGUUAUGGAUAAAGUUUGGUGUUAUUUCUUUCUUUUUAAUGCUUUUUUCUUUUGGCUCUUUAUUAAAAUUUGUACCAGUCACAGGAACUCCAUAACGUAUACUUACAUUA